GUUUAUUGGAACAGUAGGACACUCAUGGAGAUUCCAGUGACUCGUGCCUUGGUUCUCCUGCUGUUUUUUGCUGGGGCGUGCUUUGUAAAGGCCCUCAAUGAAGCCUCUAAUGCAGACACCUCCAAGGGUGAUGCCAGUCACAAAAAGCCGUCUCGAGCAUCAGAGAAUAAGCCGAGCCGCUGUUCCUACACCUUCAUCGUACCUCAGCAGAAGUUAACAGGGGCACUUUGCGUGAGCACCGAGACGGCCCGUGUCAACCGCUCUGAGAUGACAUCCCUGCGCGCGCUGCUGGACCGGCAGCAGGAACAGCUGGAUACAAUGCGUGGGCAGCUGGAGAAGGAAGGCGCACUGGCCAAUGAGAUGAGAGUCCUGCGCCGGGAGAGCGUCAGCAUGAACGCCCGCAUCACCCAACUCUACGCCCAACUGCUGAACGAGAUCAUCCAGAAGAAGGAUCAUGCCUUGGAGCAACGGCGGCUCGAGAGUUUGGUGCUUAACGCAACAUCCCAGGCGCUUCAGGUGUCCAGCAGUUACAGAGACCUGGAAAAGAAGUAUGACACACUCACUUCUCUAGUGAGCAACCAGAGCCAGCUAAUCUCACAUCUGGAGAAACAGUGCCAGCUCAAGAAUCCCGCUAAAACACUGCAGGAAGCCACACCACUUCCGGUUCAACAGACAAGUAGUUUGUUGAGUGAGAACACAGAGACUAAAGAAGUUGCCAGCAAUGUCCAAAGAGACCAAAGUGUCCAUUUGCACCAGGAACAGAGUCCUCAAGAACUGCUGGAGACGUUCGAUGACUCUCCCAGUCCACCAACUGACACACCUUUCAUCAGUUACCCUGUGACUAAAUCUCCAGGGCCGUGGCAUGACUGUCAUCACGUGCUGGAGUCCGGAGAGAAGAGCAGCGGCAUCUACCUGCUGCGACCACGCAACACUAACCGUCUGCUGCAGGCCUGGUGUGACCAGAGCAGAGCUCAAGGUGGCUGGACCGUCAUCCAGAGGAGACAGGAUGGCUCGGUCAACUUCUUCAGAACCUGGGAUCAGUACAAGCAAGGCUUUGGGAAUCUGGAUGGAGAAUACUGGCUGGGUUUGGAGCACCUGUACUGGCUCACCUCUCAGGCCAAGUACAAGCUGCGAGUAGCUAUGGAAGACUGGCAAGGACGACAGGUGUUUGCGGAGUACGACAGCUUCCAGGUGGAAGCGGAGACCGACUGGUAUCGUCUACGAUUAGGCAGUUACCAAGGCAGUGCAGGAGACUCCCUCUCAUGGCACAACAAUAAAGCGUUCACUACUCUGGACCGCGAUAAGGAUGCCUACUCGGGUAACUGCGCUCAUUACCAGAAGGGCGGUUGGUGGUACCACAUGUGUGCCCACUCAAACCUGAACGGUGUGUGGUACAGAGGCGGCCAUUACAGAAGUCGAUACCAGGAUGGCGUUUACUGGGCGGAGUUCCACGGAGGCUCGUACGCCCUAAAGAAAGUGGCCAUGAUGAUCAAACCUGCCUAAGCUGAACUGAAACAACUCAGAUGACAGAAAGAGUGCUACUACCUUUUCACAAAGAUGUGACAAUGAGCACUAAAUGAGCUUCA